AUGGAUACCAUCUCUGACAAGGAUGAAGAACUGAUUGUGCUUGGACAUGAGGUUACAAAGAAUAUAGUAUAUAUAAAUAAUGAGCUGUUAAGUGGUAGUGAAGUUGCUUUUCCAGAUGAGGAUGAAUUCGGUUUGCAAGGUUAUGACGAGUUCAGUUUGCUGUGUGAGAAUGGAAUUGAUUUGCAAGGUGAGGAACAAGAUGAUUUAGUAAGUGAGGAAGAAGAUGAUUUAGUAAGUGAGGAUGAAGUUGAUGUGCAAACUGAGGAGACUUUUCAAUGUAAUGAUUCUUCUUUAAGUUCAAAUGAAGACAAAGAGAAGAAAGAAGAACUAUAUAUCGGAAUGGAGUUUAGUUCUGAUGAGAGCGCGUAUAAAGCUUAUGCUAAAUAUGGAGGAAAAUCUGGUUUCAAUGUGAGAAAACAACGAAAGAAGAGAAACAACAAGGGUUUGGUUGUAAGGUUGCUUUAUUGUUGCUCAAAAGAAGGUUACCGAAAGACCAGAACAAAGAGGGAAACAUCUUAUUCAUUACCAGUUACAAGGGUCGGUUGUAAAGCCCAUAUGAGUUGCUAUCGUCAAAGCAACGGAAAAUUCAAGAUUGUGUCGUUUGAGACAAAUCACAAUCAUGAGUUGAUUAAAACACCUAUGAAGCAUAUGUUAAAGAUUAAUCGAAGUUUCUCUAAAGCUCAAAAAGAACAUGCUGAUGAUGCUGAGAUGUCAGGAAUUUCAGCAAAAGCAACAGUUGAAUUGAUGAGUAGAGAAGUUGGGGGACGAGAGAAUCUUGGUUUUAUGGAAAAGGACUAUCGGAAUUACAUACAUCGAAAGCGAAGGGUGAAGAUGGAAAAAGGAGAUGCUGGAGCUAUAUUGCAAUACUUCCAAAAAAAGAAAGAGGAUAAUUCAUCUUCUUUUUAUUCAAUGCAACUUGAUGAGGACAAUAUGAUCACGAAUAUUUUUUGGGCAGAUGAGCGUUCAGUAAGUGAUUAUGGUCUUUUUGGGGACGUCGUUUGUUUUGACACAACUUAUCAGACUAAUGAAUAUGGUAGACCAUUUGCUCCAUUUGUUGGGGUCAAUCAUCAUAAGAAAACAGUGGUAUUUGGUGCAGCUUUAUUAUAUGAUGAAACCAUUGAGUCCUUUACGUGGCUUUUUGAGACUUUUCUUGGAGCGAUGUCUGGAAAGCAACCAAAAACCAUACUUACAGACCAAUCUGCAGCAAUGGCUAGUGCAAUAGCAGAAGUAUUUCCUGUAACUUAUCAUAGACUAUGUGUUUGGCAUAUUUACCAAAAUGCUGCAAAGAGGUUAAGUCGUGUGUUUCACGGAUCAGAACAGUUUGCUCAUGAUUUUGGAAAGUGUGUAUAUGACUAUGAGGAUGAAGAUGAUUGGUUAUUGGCAUGGAGUAAUAUGCUCGAGAAACACAAUUUGAAGGAGGAUAAAUGGUUAAAGAAUUUGUUUGAUUUGAGAAAAAAAUGGGCAUUGGUAUAUGGACGGCAUACUUUUACUGCAGAUAUGAUGAGUACACAACGUAGUGAAAGUAUGAAUAAUAUUUUGAAAAAAUACUUGAAGCCUAGUUAUGACCUGUUGUGCUUCUUUGAACACUAUGAGAGAGUUUUGGCUGAUCGACGAUAUGAAGAAUUAAUUGCUGACUUCAAGAUGAUGCAAACCUCUCCUGUGUUAUCUGCUAACGUAGAGAUGUUGCAACAUGCAGAGGAGGUGUAUACCCCAGAAGCUUUUAGACUCUUCCAGCAACAAUACACAAGUAUUGGUGAUUAUGUUGCUAAUAAAGUUAGCAAGUCUGAGAUGAAAUAUGAAUACAAAGUAUCUUAUCGUGGUGUUGCUCGAGAGCAUUUGGUAAAAUUUGAUGCUUCAGAGCAAACAAUAACUUGUAGUUGCAUGAAGUUUAAUUUUGUUGGGAUUUUAUACCGUCAUGCAUUGAAAGUGUUGGAUAGGAAGAACGUGAGAAGAAUCCCUCCUACUUGCAUAUUAAAUCUAUGGAGUAAAGAAGCUAAGGCAAGAAGCAUCACUUGUUAUCAUGGACCAAAGACUAAUGAAAAUCUCAAGCAGUCGAUUGGAAAGCGGUACAGCCAUUUGUGUCGUAAUUAUCGUGAGAUUGCAUCCUUUGCCGCAGAACAUGAGGAAUUAACAACGUAUGCAGAUGAAUAUGCCAUCGAGUUGCUUAAAAAUUUGGAAGAAAAGAAGAAGAAACUUUUGAAAGAAGAUGCAUGGGUGAUUCAAACUUCAGAUGUUGGAGCUUUGGAAGGUGAAGUAUCAAAUGCACGUGGAGUUAAAAGAAAAGCUACUGUUGGACGACCACGCGGUCAUCAUGGUAGAUUUAAAGGUGUUCUUGAAGGGAAAAAUUGUAAAGCCACAUUUAAAUCGUCAACAUCUGUAGCAAGUAAAGCCGCAAAGAAACAACUAUCCUUCCAGGAUUCUAUUCCUAUUAGUGACAAUUGCGAGCAACAAGAAGUCAAUGAAUAUGAAGUUCCAAUGCUUGAUUUUGCAACUCAAGAAUCCAAUCUUAGCACUGGUACCCAAGUAUCAAUUUAUGGUACAAGUGUAACUUUGCAAGAUGGCUUUUCUUUCACUCAAAUGCUCCAGGAAAUUUCAAUGAAUCAUGCUAAUUCUUCACAAAGUAAUGAAGAAGGCAAAAAGCAGCUGGGAAGUUGA